UUUUGAUUUCUUAUAAUUAAUGAAAGUACAUGUUGCCAAUUUUGACAGUCCUUAACAUGAGUCACCACAACCUGUCUGAAGAAAGAGAUGAGCUACAGAAAAUGUAUUCAACUCUCCAAGCAAGUUACAAAAAUCUGCGUGAAGAAAAAGACAAGCUGAGCCAACAGUACAGCCACUUACAAACCACGAAUGUAAACAAUUAUAAAGAAAAUAAGGAGCUUGUUGCCGAACUGCAAACUUUAAAUACCAUUUUAGACAAUGACUGGUUAUACUUCAAAGGAAGCUUCUAUCACUAUUGCGACAAAGAGCGUUCUUGGGAGGACAGUAGAUCUUUCUGUCAGGAACAAGGUGCAGAUCUCAUUUCCAUCAACAAUGAAGAGGAGCAGAAUUUUCUUAGAGUAUAUGGAGGGCGCAGAUGGAUCGGACUGAGUGAUCGUGAGACUGAAGGAGUUUGGGAAUGGGUGGAUGGAUCUUCACUCACGUUAAGUUCUUGGAUGCCAGGGGAACCAAAUGAUGCAAAUGAUGCUGAAGACUGCGGUGAAAUCUUAAUAUUUGUUAAUGAAAGUAAAUUAAAUGACAUACCCUGUAAUAAAAGACAGAGUUGUUUAUGUGAAAUGAAACGCCCUUAAACAAUCAAUUUUUUGAAUUUUUUUGUGCAAUUUGCUGUAAGGCCUGCAUAUACCCAAUGCUUUUGAUUUAAAUAACUUUCAUUUGUCAGCUUUCAAGAUUGUUCAUUAUUCAUAGCCAAAAGAUAAGAAGAAGAUAAGAUAAU